AUGACUGAAGAAGAAGCCCUAGACUGCCUCCAACGUGGCCUACACCCGACUGUCCAUGUCUAUGUUAUAACCUAUUUUCCUACAACAGCUGAUGAAGCAAUGCGACUAGCAUUGGCAUACGAGAGCUCGAGUAACCAGAAUACCUUCGCUCCUCUGGUGUCGCUCCCAUGGACUUGGAUGCAAUGCAUACAAGAAGAAAAGGACAAUGGCGUUCAUCUGGUUGCAGCGGUUCCAACUGGUGACAACAAAAUGGUCGUGACCUGGAUAAUGACAAGGAAUGCUACAAUUGUGGCAGCUUAG